AUGGUAUCUGCCGCUCAUCCUGCUUCCCCUGCCGACUGCCCCUCCGUAUUUCCUUGCCUUGUUUCUCUUCUCACUCACGCUCCACGCAAGACCAUGCCAUUUCCCAUCGACAGUCCCCUCACUACUCCCUGGGCUGACAACAUCACCACCUUUGCCCAUGCCCUCCGCUCUACCCUUCCAGCCAACUAUUCAAAGCCUCUGCCUCCUGUCAUGCGUGCUGCAGAUCGCUGUUGGUGCGAGCUUGGCUCAGGCGUCUUUUUUGAGCCCUUUAAUGUCACAAACUGGGAGUAUCGCAGCGUACAACGUCUCAGCCAGAAGCUCAUCAGCGACAUCCCCACCGACCACCCCGUCAACUCUACUCUCUCACCCGAUCUAUCUAUCCCCCAUUCACCGCCCCCGUCUGCUUUCUUGAUUUUUUUGUCGGCAAUUUUAUCCCGCAUCCCUCUCUCUUCGCGUGUCGAGUCAGAACCACCCCCACAAAUUCAUCAACCCAUCAACUCUUCCUCACUUUCUGGACCACCUCUCCCCUUGCUGCCCACACAGUAUGACCUACGUCCUUAUGGCCUGGGCAUCAUUCUUGAUUUGGGUUGGUCCAGGUAA